CAAGUCGGAUUCAUUCACUCGCCGAAGCGCACUCGAAACGGGCACAGACGGGCUCCAAUCUCGAACCCAGAACCAGAACGCAGCCCCAGCCCCUAUCCGCGAUCAACGAUCCACGAUCCACUGCCAGCAUGAAACAGUACGCAUUGAUGGCCGUGUGCCUAAUGGCCGCCCUGGGCGCCAUCCUGCUCGAGGUCCAGGCCAGCCCCAGCCCCGCUGUAGCGACUCCCCAGCUGAGUCCCAGUCAGCUGGGCGGACUCUCGGCCCAGUUCCUGCCACCGGAAUACCGCAACACAAACAUCAGCGUGGAGGACCUCAAGCGGAUGUACCGGGAGAAGUGCAAGAAGGUGACGGGAGCGGAGAAUGCGACCUUCUACCAGGAGAUCGAGAAGGCGGCGGCCAAGAUGAGCGCCUGCAUCAGCGGCGUGGCCAAUCUGACUGCCCUCCAGGCGGAGAUGGAGGAGGCCAAGCCUUUGGGCGAGCUGGAUACCGUCUUCCACAAGUACUGCCUGCGGGCGCCCGAGGCUGAGGCGUGCGUCAAGGAGUUUAACGAGAAGAUGCAGGUGUGCCUUACCAGCGAGGAGAAGCGCCAGCAGGAGACGAUAGCGAGAAUUGGAGCAUCCCUCCUGGGCUUUGCCUGCUCGAGGGGUGGCGACCAGAUCGCUCUCUUCGUGGCCGAACAAGGUCCGGAGUGCCUGGAGGCCAACAAGGAUGCAAUCAGCAACUGCCUGAACCGCUCCUUCCACCAGUACAUCCCCAAGGACGGCCAAGUAGCCGACCUCAUGAGUCGCCCCGAGCUGCUCUUCUCGCCCACCCACUGCGUCGAUCUGCAGAGCUUCGAGGCCUGCGUCCUCCACCACCUGGAGCAGUGCUCCGAGAUCACCCCCGCCAAUGUCGUCCAGUCCAUCUUCCGCUUCGUGAAGAACGAGACGGACUGCCAGGCCUAUAUGGAGGCGCGCGCUAACGAGCGGCCCGUCCUCCUUGCCGCCCGCAGCAACAGCACUGGUGGCGGUGCCAGCGACCUCUCCACCUCCACCACCCUGCUGGGUUCCCUGGUUCUAGGCCUCACCUCCCUUCUUAUCCGCCACUGAGGAGCCAGAAUACCACCAUUAGCACCCCAUUCCCCUCCCGCUAUACAUAUCCGCGGACCGAUAAAGAAAUCUUUUAUAGUAUUUCGGCGAACUUCAACGUCAGCCCCUCCUUAGUGGUUAUAUUUUGUAUUUUUUUUAUUUGUUUCUGUUUGGUCAGUCAGCGAUUGCGAUAACGAUAGCGAUAAAGGGUGGCCGGAUAAUGGUUCCCAUGCAUAUGUGCUACCACUUUAUUAUGUAUUACUUUUUUUUUCUACCGUAGUGAGUAUUGAGAGUAUUGGUACCAUAUAAUUUAAUGUCUCCUAAGGAAUUGCUCAUAAUAAACGAGAGAUUACUGAAAACAGG